CUCCCGGCGCAGGCUCCGGAGCGACAAAGGCGCUGUCCAAUUGGGAAGCCCGGAUGGCAGAGGGUUGAGGGACACGUUCGGUGUCCGGCAGGUACUUUGGCGGAGCAGCUCCGACGGCCGAGACUGCGGCGGAAUCCGCGGCUUCAGGGCCGGGAAGAUGGCGGUGUUGGCUCCGCUGCUGGCGCUGCUGUACUCCGUGCCGCGGCUCUCGCGGUGGCUGGCCAAGCCGUACUACCUGCUGUCGGCCUUACUGUCGGUCUCCUUCCUGCUGGUGAGGAAGCUGCCGCCGGUCUGCCUCGGUCUCCCCACGCAGCGCGAGGACGGCAACCCCUGCGACUUUGACUGGAGGGAAGUGGAGAUCUUAAUGUUCCUCAGUGCCAUUGUAAUGAUGAAGAACCGGAGAUCAAUUACCGUGGAGCAGCAUAUAGGGAACAUCUUCAUGUUCAGUAAAGUUGCCAAUGCCAUCCUCUUUUUCCGCCUGGACAUUCGCAUGGGCCUGCUGUACAUCACACUCUGCAUAGUGUUCCUGAUGACUUGCAAACCUCCCCUCUACAUGGGUCCUGAGUACAUCAAGUACUUUAAUGACAAGACAAUUGAUGAAGAGCUGGAACGGGACAGACGGGUCACAUGGAUCGUGGAGUUCUUUGCCAAUUGGUCUAAUGAGUGCCAGUCAUUUGCUCCUAUCUAUGCUGACCUCUCUCUCAAGUACAAUUGUACAGGGCUGAAUUUUGGGAAAGUGGACGUUGGACGCUAUCCUGAUGUCAGUACACGGUACAAAGUGAGCACGUCACCUCUCACCAAACAGCUUCCCACCCUGAUCCUGUUCCAGGGGGGGAAAGAGGUAAUGCGGAGACCCCAGAUUGACAAGAAAGGUCGAGCUGUCUCUUGGACUUUCUCUGAGGAGAAUGUGAUCCGGGAAUUCAGCCUGAAUGAGCUGUACCAACGUGCCAAGAAACAGACCAAGACCCGAGAUGUGAUCCCUGAGGAGCCACCCGAGGGUACAGCUCCUCACAGCCAGCCGGCUGAGGAAAGCAAGAAGGAGAAAUAGGAGCUCUGCUCUUCCUUUUCCAGGGGGCCCUCUUCCUUUUUCCUGGUUUGCCUUUACAGGUCCUGUCCUUAGUAAUAAGGGACUUCAUAACCUGCUGCCUUUUAGUAUUUAUAUUUAUUCCUUAUUUGGAAUAGACCUGGAACCAGGCCCAAGGCUGUCAGGGGAGGAAUUAACAAGGCAGACAAAAGAAUGUCUUUUGUGGCCAAGCUUCUCCUCCCAUUUCACCAAAGGGGAAAAAAAAUCAAUUCCUUAUCUUGGAAGGAGGAAAUUUACUUCUGAAUGUGAACAUUUUUAUACUGACUGGAGGCCUGGAAAAACAGAGAAUGGGCUAAUCCAGAAGUCGUGUGUCUUUACUAUCCUGUGGUCUCAGUGUUCCUUCUAGAGGGAAGGAGCCUCUUCAGGUUUCAGCUUAGAGGCCUCCCUAACAUCUUCAGGAUCGUUGACUUCAUUUCCCUUCUGACUUUAUUUAACAUUGGGUAAAGAGUUUAAACUUUAACUCUGAUUUGACUACUAAUAAAAUUCAUUUACAACAGGUCUGCUCUAGAGGAGUGUGGAAAGGUGGGAGUGCAAGUUUCUUUAAAGAGCAGUAGUUAAUUUCAACACUCCUUUCAUCUGAAUCAAAGAAAACCUUUGAAAUGCCUCUGUGUGUUGGAGGCUGGAAGAGAAAGGGGGAGGGGGGGACGAGUAUUACAGCUUCAGUUUUAGCAACUCUGUUUUCUUUGUGCCCUGCACUCCAAAAUUGAGCAAAUAAAAAAGACUUCAAAUAUGGA